UGAUAAGUAACGGUUCGGUAAAUAAAAUUAAUAUGUCAAUAUUUGGAGAAGAGUUUGAAAAAAUUUGGCCAAAAUCUGAUACAAAAAUUAAACUUACCGAUUUUGGUGAGAAAAUGUUGAAAAAAUGCGAGACGAUUUUAAAACCUAACACAAGUGAAAUUGACAUAAACGAUAUAAUUAGUAGAUCAUCUGAAUUUCCAAUAAAGUUUGGCACAAACACUUGUCGCAUUAUAUCUCAACCAAAAAACCGUUAUCCAGUGAUACAACAACAAAUUGCAUCAGCUUAUCCAGUAAUACAUGAACGCGUACUUGGUCUUUAUAUGAAUUUUUUAGAACACAAAUGCAAAUAUGGAAAUAAACGAGAAUUAGAAAUCUAUACAAAACUUACACUAACUGAUUUCAUACAACGUCUUCUCACUAAACGAUGUGUCAGUUUCUUUGGUAAGAACGAUAAGUUUUUACUCUUAAAUCGUGAAAAUGGCUGUAGUGGUUUUAUGGAAGUUGGAACUGAUAAAGAAAAGCCACCACUAGUACUUUCAAAUGUACUAAGUUUUGACGAAAUUAAAUUAUCAGCACUUCUAUCAGUUUCUUCACACUCUGAAUUUAUUAAUGAUGGAAAUCGCAAAAAUUUAGGAAUCGUAGAGGAAGACAAAACUAAAAUAGAGCGUGAUGGUGUUGUUAUUGGAAUUAUUGGAGCACGAUUGUCACGACGUGAUGUAAUGGAAUUUCAAGAUAUUAUUAUAUCCAAAACACAAAAUACUAAAGAAAAUGGUUAUGGUGAAGCAAUUGAAAAUAUUGCUGAUACACGUCCAGCAGAUUAUCGACGCAUCUGGAAGGAAUUCUAUGAAGAAUCUGAUUUUCUUUACUCGGCUAUUAAGAAAGAUGGUAAACGAUUUGGUGAUGCCAGAGCAAAGUAUGAUAUUUUUGAUAAUGUCAUAAUGAAGAAACGUUAUGCUAUAUCAUUCGAUACUUUACUACUUGAAAGCGAAGCCAAGGCAGCACAAGCUAAAAAGAAUGCCUUUAUACAUCUUGUGGGUAUUGGUUUAGGCGUGUGGAGAGUUGCUGAACAGCAGGAGAAAAUAUUUCUAGAAACAUUUACCGAACGUUUAAAGGUUUUAAUGGAAAAAUUACCACACAUCGCAGUGGUACAUUUUUCAUGGUUUAAAUUGGAUGAAUGGGGCGAACUUAAGAAUAAUGGUUUUUUAGAAUGUGAGAAACAUCCCAAUGGAGGCAUUAAAACUUUUUUAUCUAAACGUAAUCCGGCUGAGAAAUUGAAUGCCCCUGAGUUGGAAAAUAUGCUUGUAAUAAUUUCAUAUCCUUGGGAUGGCAAUGCUCAACCUGGUAAUGAGUUUUGGAUGAAAAUGUUAAAGUCUACCGGAGACUCGUCCACUGCUUGUAGUACACUUAUUACAGAGCUACAUAAUCCAUAUAUUAACAGCGAUAUGGUGAACGGCAACAAUUUGCAUAUAGCUUCAGAAAAAUAUGGCGUUAUACAUAUUUCGGAUUAUGCAAAAAAAUGUUUAAUGCAUUCUGAAUAAUGAACACA